AUGAAUAACGAAACAAAAGGUGCCUCGUUCAAACUAUCGAACGUUGUCAGCUUGAAGCAGGCAGAGUUAAUGAAGACUAACGAAAUCCCAAUUAUGCCCUUGAGGGAUAGUGGCUCGCCGCAACCGAUAAAUUUACCAAAAGUAUCCGAUAAUCUGUUGUCGCAGGACACUGUGAACGAGAAACAUAAUUACACCGUGUUGCCCAAAAUAGGAGGAAAGAACCUGUCGUUGCCAAGCAUAUCUGGUGGCAACACCAACAAUUCUACCUCAUCAGUAAACAGCUCCAUGUCGACAGAAUCAAUGUCAGACUCACCAUCAAACACAGAGCCGGCACAAUCGACAAACGGUAAGGAGGAGAACAACAACAAGAAACUGGAUAGUACCGGUAAUGUUACCACGAUGAUUGGUGACGGGGUGAAAAUUAAUGGCUACAUCAACACUAACGGUAAGGGUGAUAUUAUGACUGGUAGUGGCAGGAGCUCGAGCUCCCAACAAAGAACUUGCAGAAAGAACUCGCCGCAUUCCGGUUCGAUCUGCAAGAAUUGUGCCACGGUUAAUACACCCUUGUGGAGGAGGGAUAACGAGGGUAAUACUCUAUGCAAUGCGUGUGGGUUGUUCUUGAAGUUGCACGGCACACCAAGACCAAUAAAUCUGAAUACAACGGUCAUCAAAUCUAGAAACAGAAAGAGUAAUCACAACUCGCAGUCACAAAAGAACAUGGGCGUCUCUAGAACAGGUCCACAUCUAAACAAUAUCUCCCACUUAGGCAGUUACAGUAACCACUACCAGAAGCUAAAUUCGGACGUGCUGAAGAGAACACACGGAUUCAAAGAUAUCGACCUUUCGAUCCUGUCCGAUCCACACCGCAUCAAAAAGAUCAGAUGCAAUAUCCACAAAGAUCGAAAUCUCCCCAUGGGUCAAGAUGGCUCUGAUAUCUUGAAGGCAGCAAAAUGUAUGAAACCGGAAAUAAGACCAAAGGUGGCACCGGACAGAAGCGAUAUCAGAAGAUACUCCUUCCCCUCCGCAAGUGAGCAAACUCAAAAUAAGUUCUCUAGCCUGGUAAAUAUACCCGACCAGCUCCAAACUUCCUUUAAUGACGUCUUCUCCAACAGUAAAUUCGCUGAAGGCGGUUACGAGGCAAAGAACUUGGACGGCUCCCAUUACACCGAACCAGACAACGACCCAACGCGACAGAACAUCUCUGACUCGAACCUCGAUUUGUCUGAAUUAUUAGUCAGCGAGGAGGAGACAAUCAAACUGAAGACCCGUAUUAAUGAACUAGAGCUUGUGACAGAUCUGUAUAAGAGUUACAUCUUCAGACUGAACGAAAAAUGUCAGCAUCUGGAGAGCGUUCUGCAUUCCAUCCUCGAGACACAGCAAUAA